UAUCGAUCUGACGAGGUGUUCAAGCGUGCUGGAGUCUGGUAUAUUUCAAGCAAUAUCGGUGCCAUGUUUGGUGGCUACAUGCAAGCUGCCGCUCAUGCUGGUCUCGACGGAAAGGGAGGCGCUGGGUCUUUAUUAUCGAUGGCAUCAUUUCCCUACCCAUUGCCAUCGCCGGCUUUUUUCUCUAUCCAUGCACGUAUGCAAGACGAUGGGAUGAGGAAGAGCAAGAAGAUCGGCAAGAAGAUGCUGAAGCGUGUCUUCCGCAAGUGGCACUUUUACAUCGCCGUGUGCACCUAUGUCUGCUUCCAGCUGACUACUUGGGUUGCCGGCCAGAUGAUCGUUUGGGUGAAGUCCACUGGCCAAUACUCUGUGGAGAUGAUCGACAUCCUGCCCACUGGAGUACAAGCACUGGCCAUUGUCGUCGGUAUCACUGUACCUUCGCUUGUCAUGUCAGUACCAUGA